CAUGACUGUUGGAAGACCAACACCACGAUUCCACGGUGAUCACAUAGAUGAUGGGAACUUGUAACAGUUGGAUUGGGAUAACCAGCUCUGGGAGCUCAUCGACCCUGCAAGCGGUUCCAAGGUGCGACUUCAUGGAGCGACCGAUUGAACCCAGAUUCGCGGACUACCCGAAGCUCCUGGAUACGCCCGCUUCGAGCACGCAGACAGGAACAUGGUCAUCAAUUGAGUGGUUGCCCAUCUUUUGGUACCCAGUUACUACAGUGCGGCCAAUCCGUGGCUGUUGGCUUUCCAACGCUCCUCCGGGAAGGCCACCUGAACUCCCAACUUCCAUUCCCACGCAGAAGAACGAAACAACAGCCACGGCAGAAACGUCAAACCGACUAUAUCGCAAGGUCGGUGUCUUGGCCUAGCUUUGGGUAGUCCUGAAUGGCUGGUUUGAUUGGUGCGGUCUUGAAGUUGAAUUCGCCAACCGAAGAGCUCUUUGGGUCAAUGACCUCCCAAAGGUCUCUAGUCGCCGCCUCAGACUUGAAUCGCUCAUUCCAGGCCUUCCAAUUGUUAGGGCCGGUGAGUUUGA